GCGUCUCAAAAUAUUGAAUUUUUUUUACGAAAGAUACCCUUGUUGAAAGAAGCAGUAAAUGGUGCACGAUUACAAAUGUCAAAAGAGAAGCUCCCAAAGCAUAAGCAGUCAUAACGCCCCCUCUUAAAGAAACAAAGAAAAGUCCAACUCUUUGUAUCUUUAUCACCACUUGUGAAGUGAGUCACUCGCUCUCUCCUCCCUUAUUAAAGAAGGCAGAGUAGAGAGGGGUUGAGUGUGUAGAGACAAUAAUGUCUUCCAUUAGCAUUUGUAGAGCUCUGCUGUGCCUCACAGUGGUUUACUUUUGUUCAUCCUCCGCUUCCGCUUUUGCAGAAAAUGAAGCAGCAGCUUCUGGGCUUGCGAUGAACUACUACAAGGACUCCUGCCCUCAAGCCGAAGACAUCAUCAAAGAGCAAGUCCAGCUUCUGUACAAGCGCCACAAGAACACUGCCUUCUCCUGGCUCAGGAACAUCUUCCAUGACUGCUUUGUCGAGUCAUGUGAUGCAUCUCUGUUGCUGGACUCCACGAGGAGGGUGAUGUCAGAGAAGGAAGCAGACAGGAGCUUUGGGAUGAGGAAUUUUAGGUACAUCGAGAACAUCAAAGAAGCUCUAGAGAGAGAGUGCCCCGGCGUCGUUUCGUGCGCUGAUAUUCUUGUGCUCUCUGCCAGAGAUGGCAUCGCUUCUGUAGGAGGGCCGUACAUCCCUCUGAAAACGGGAAGAAGAGACGGGAGAAGAAGCAGAGCAGACAUACUGGAGCAGCACCUCCCCGACCACAACGAGAGCAUGAGCGUGGUGCUGGAGCGGUUCGGCAAGAUCGGCAUCGACACGGCGGGCGUGGUGGCGCUGCUGGGGGCCCACAGCGUGGGGCGCACGCACUGCGUGAAGCUGGUGCACCGCCUCUACCCGGAGGUGGAUCCGGCGCUCAACCCGGCCCACGUGGAGCACAUGCUGUACAAGUGCCCCGACGCCAUCCCGGACCCCAAGGCCGUGCAGUACGUGAGGAACGACCGCGGCACCCCCAUGAAGCUCGACAACAACUACUACAGGAACAUCCUCGACAACAAGGGCCUCUUGAUCGUCGAUCACCAGCUCGCCACCGACAAGAGGACCAAGCCCUUCGUCAAGAAGAUGGCUAAGAGCCAGGACUACUUCUUCAACCACUUUGCCAGGGCCAUCACCAUUCUCUCCGAGAACAACCCGCUCACCGGCACCAAGGGGGAGAUCCGCAAGCAGUGCAAUCUUGCAAACAAGCUUCAUUAAUUCAUUCUCUGUGUGUCUCUGUGUGUGUGAUCAACGACUCUUCUUGUUUAGGAUAUAUAGGAAGAGUGCCCAAGAAUAAGGAAUGUUUGUACUGCUCUUUCAAUUUCUGUGAGGAAAUGCUUGUGGCUGUUGUGUAUGUAAGGAUUGGGAGGGUGAUGAUGAUCAUUGCAUGCUUGAUUUCUUAUUAGUUACUCAUAUUUAUGCUUCUUCAAA